AUGGCAAGGGGGAUAACCAGAUUGGCUGCUCAAGAGACAGCGGAAUGGGAGGCUUCUGUUGGUUGUGAUGUUACACUCAAGGUUUGGCAAUGGGUUCAUUUUGUACGAUCGUCUAAGUUCGUAUCGUCAAGACUCAUCGACCUCUCUAAGGUGUAUGUGUUCUGUGAUGCCUCGUUCCAUGGCUGGUCGUGUGUCAUUCUUGACGCUCGUUUGAGUGUUGUAUUCGGUAGAUGUGGAUUGUUCCCUCCUCGUUCGGGACUCACUAUACCGAGGAAAGAGCUGGAGGCUUUCUAUCAAGGCAUCCUCACUCUUAAGAAGAUUUGUCCUGCCCUUCCCCAUAACGACCCUUCUCAGGCUCAUGAGUUUUCUCCGAUGAAGCUUGUCUCCUUCUUCGCCGACUCUGCAAUACUCAUCUACAGACUUCGUGGUCGUCAACGUUCUGGAGAAGACAAGUUAUCAGUGGCGGAAUGCAGACGAGUUCAAGCUUCGAGAGGUGCCUUAUUACGAUGGGGUGCCACGGCUCAUCAUAUCCCAGGAUCGCUCAACGUUGCAGAUGGUCCUUCUCGACCUUAUUCGUCCUUUGAUACUCUUAAGAACAAGGACGAGGGUUUGGCGGAUUUGCGCUAUUGGUUGAAGGACGUUGAGGACUUGGGCUCCCAAUUUACUCUUACCUUUGACCCGAUCGAAGCCAGCAAUAUUGUACCUGAUAUUAUGAUGGCUCAUUUUACUAAGGACCCUUCGUGUCAAAUGGCAUCUGUUGACACCGUUGAUGUUGAAGCUAUCCGUGAUCAAAUAAGUCAACUUCAACAAAAUGAUCCAUGGUGUCAAGACCUUAUACCGCGACUGAAGGCAACUUCUCCCCCUCCUUGGACCAGAUAUUAUGCGCUAAGUGAUGACGACAUACUUCUCCGUGUGACAUCUGCUUCUUCUCAAUUGGUGGUGCCUUCAACCGGUGUGGCAACUAUCUCGCAUACCCAACUUGCCAAGAUUGUACGAUAA